CGGCCUCCUGUGACGGAGAGCAGCUUCGACAUGGCCGCCUCCUGCACGCGCGUUAUCCUCCCGCACUCCGCGAGCACACUCGCUUUGCUCUCUUUCAUUUGUUUUAUUGUGACAUACGUCUUAGCGGAUGGAGUGGAAAACUGCGAAAACCUGCGACUGGGACAAUAUCGCUGCAACGAACCAAAGAUAGAUGAUGCCACUCAAGAGCCUGACAACUGCAGGGAUUCAAUUGCUUGGGUUGAAUGCCUUCCUGCACCCAACAUCAGCUGCAGAUUUUCCAAUGGGACAGAGUUUAAAUUCAGUGGAGAAGAAGUUGGAUUCAACAAAUCAAUCCCCUGUAGAAAUGUGAACGGUUAUUCAUACAAAGUUGCAGUGGCUCUUUCUCUCUUCCUUGGAUGGCUGGGGGCCGAUCGCUUCUACCUAGGAUACCCAGCUUUAGCACCUGCAAGAUCACAAAGGGCCCAGUGGAUGAAAGCUCACACCCCCACCUCACUUGGGGGCUCUUUGUUUCCGGUGCUUGGGGAUGGAAAUGGCAGCUCCACACUGUGCAGGCGCAGGCUAGCCUGGGUCCCUGCGAGCAGCAGCACCUGGCCUGGCUGCCGGAGGCCAGCCGUGGCACCGCUGUGCCAUUAAGCCAUUAGGGCCUGGCUGGCCCCUAGGCAGGCAGCCUUUGGUUCUGAGGAGAACACGGUGGGCAUCUUUUUAAACAGUCGCUUCGCUUGGCCGCCAAGCAAGCUGUGUAUUUAAGUUCCCCACACCGGCAAUUUUUGUAAAACUACUAAUGGUAAUUGUUGGAAAUUAAGGUUUUUAUUUGAUCAAAUAAUAUCUUUUUUUAUUCCCUGUAAUUUGGUUCUUUCUGUGUCCUCUGUGAAAUGUGCUAUAAUGAGUUUGUUGUUGCACAAUGGCUUCCAGAAUAAUUGGAACCCUUGAUGAAGGUGAGGACAAAAGGCUAGAAAAUGUCUUUAUUGUAUAUUAGCUUGAUUCUAAACUUAAAUUAUUAGGGAACUCUAGCACUUAGGUAAAAUUAUUUAAAGAAAUCCUCACAAAAAAUUUAAACUUUUUUUCUUAAUUGAUGUCUCAAUAAUUGGCACCCCUACAUUUCAUAGUUUGUGUACUCUACUUUUGCAAAUAACAGUGUUGAGUCUUUUCUUAUAAUACCGGGUGAGAUUGGAAAGCACACAAAAACAGAUCUGAGACCAUUCCCCCAUACAAAAUCUCCUUGUCUCAUUGUUCGUAGACUCUCCUCUUCAGCUCACUCAACAGGUUUUCAAUGGGUUUUAGGUUAAAGCACUGGCAUAUGACCACUGUAAAAGCUUGAUUUUGUGGUUAGUCAAUCAUUUUUGUGUGGAUUUGGAGGUAAGCGUUAGCUUAUUGUCCUUCUGCGAUAUCCAGCCACAACCCAGUCUUAGCCUUUUGGCAGUAGCAACCAGAUUUUGAUUUAAAAAAAGGCUUCAUAUUUUAUGGAGACAAUGAUGCCAUCUAUCCUAACAAGAUUCCCAGGGCCUUUGAAAGUAAAAUCAGCCCCGCAACAUUGCAGAUCCACCGCCAUGCUUCACAGUGAGGAUUUUGUUUUUUCUUCACGAUUUUGACUCAUUUUACUCCAAACC